AUGCCAGAUAUUGGAGCCAUUAAGACUGAGGACACUGGAGCUAACGAGGAGGGAGGAAGCCAAAAUGUGUCGAUGGGAAUCAAAUUCAUUUUACCCAAUAGGUUUGAUAUGAACGUAUGCUCGAGAUUUGUAAAGUCGUUGAAUGAGGAAGACAGUAAAAACAUCCAGGAUCAAGUCAACUCAGAUCUGGAGGUGGCUUCUGUUUUAUUCAAAGCCGAGUGCAAUAUACAGACCUCUCCUUCUCCGGGUAUACAAGUACGCCAUGUUUAUACUCCGUCCACCACAAAACAUUUUUCUCCCAUCAAACAGUCCACCACCCUCACUAACAAACAUCGAGGGAACGAGGUGUCUUCCACUCCCCUUCUUGUGCACUCAUUAUCAAUUCAUCAACUCGCUGCCCAGGGAGAAAUGGUAUUCUUGGCAAGUAGAAUUGAACAAGAGAAUGUCAUUAAUAUUCAAGACGAGGAAGGAUUUACCCCCUUGAUGUGGGCUGCAGCUCAUGGACAGAUUGCUGUGGUUGAAUUUCUGCUUCAAAAUGGAGCAGACCCUAACCUUUUAGCCAAAGGAAGGGAAAGUGCUUUGUCUUUGGCCUGCAGUAAAGGAUACACAGAUAUUGUGAAGAUGCUCAUUGACUGUGGGGUUGAUGUCAAUGAAUAUGACUGGAAUGGAGGAGCCCCUCUCUUGUAUGCUGUUCAUGGAAACCAUGUUCGCUGUGUGGAAAUCCUUCUAGAGAGUGGCGCUGAUCCGACCAUCGAGUCAGACUCCGGUUUUAAUGCUAUGGAUAUGGCCGUAGCUAUGGGCCAUCGAAAUGUUCAACAGGCAAUGGAAGCUCAUUUACUAAAGCUUCUAAUGGGUAUCAGAGGAUGA